AUGGAGAGGGAACUGUUGUGCACAUCUCAGCUGGCAGACAUUUAAAAGGGAGACAGUCCGGCGCUGGAGCAAUUUGUAUUAAACCCCCUGGCCCCUGUCUAUGGAGCGGAUAGUCUCCCACCCAUCCACAGCCCCACAGCCAGUGUACAGUCGACAGCAGUAGGUGCCUAUCACAUCGAAAGGUGCCGGAGAGGAUCAGAUCAUCGCACUUGGAGCAGUGGAGGCUCGGACAGGAUGGCCAACUCAACGCGUAUCUUCUGCAGUAUGGUUUUCAUCAUGGGCUUGCUAUCCUCUUCCGUGGAUUCCAAAAGAAACCGAGGUUCACAAGGCGCCAUUCCUCAUCCUGACAAAAACAACCCAAACGAAUCGGAGCAGCAACCGCAGCCUCCGCAGGCGGGCUCCGGCUCCCGCCAGAGACAGGGCUCAUCCUCACCGGCUGACGAGGUGCUGGAGUCCAGCCAGGAAGCUUUACAUGUGACGGAGCGCCAGUAUUUGAAACGGGACUGGUGCAAGACGCAGCCCCUCAAGCAGACCAUCCACGAGGAAGGCUGCGUCAGCCGCACCAUCAUCAACCGCUUCUGUUACGGACAGUGCAACUCCUUCUACAUCCCCCGGCACAUCCGCAGAGAGGAGGGUGCUUUCCAGUCCUGUUCGUUUUGCAAGCCGAAGCGUUUUACCACCAUGACUUUCACUUUGAACUGUCCGGACCAGCAGCCACCCACCAAGAAGAAACGCAUCCAGCGCGUCAAACAGUGCCGCUGUAUAUCCAUAGACCUGGACUAAAGAAAUGUGCGUGUUUCUCAUAUUCAUCGCGGACAGGAUUUAAAAUACUAAAAGGCUGCCACACAACCAAGAACACGUGCCUGUCCCCGUCCAGGAGGAAGCGUCCGUGAAGCUUCUUACAUGUAUUGAUUCUCUUCUUGCACAGUGUGUGAAAAAAUAUGGACAUGCAACUUAUAAACCGACAGCAACGAACAUUUGACUUCUCACCAGUUUGCCAAGUUUGAAAACAAGCAUCACUGCACGGGAACUUGGAAUUGGCACGUUUUACGCACGGCUUCCUCACAGCGAGAGGACUGCAUAACCCCGGUUUAUUUAAUAAAUCAAAACGCUUGUUACGACAGGAGAACAUUCCUGUCUAUUUUUUUUUUGUGUGUGUUUUUUUCUUGUGCAUUUAUGUUUCUUUAACUGGAUGUUUCCACUGUGUGGAAUUUGAUGGAUGAGCGGUGAUAUUUGUAAAUGGAAAAUUUUAUUUCGACAUUUCAAGAAUCUCUCUGUAAAUUUCGAAGAUCAUCAGUAAAGUUUUUUGUUUUGUUUUGUUUUUGGUAAGUUGGACGCCCAGUUGUAGAGCCAUUAGGCGUCUUUAAAGCGGAACAUGUACAGCGUGGAUUUACACAGUAUCGAGAUUAAAUAGUUCUCAAAUGUAAAGCCAUCUUUGAUGUAACCGGUUUGUUUAUCACUUUUGAUUAAAUUAUCCAUGAAAACAUGAAAUAAACAAAUGUCGGAA